UUCAUUAUAUUUCUCUUUGAAUGGUUCUGUAAUGUGAUAUGAACUUAAUUCUGCUCAACUGAAAUUCAUUUUCUCAUAGAGUUGAUAGCCGAGCCGAGACCAUGAAGUGGGCCUUUGUUGUGUGUGCCAUGGUGGCACUGUCCGAGUGCCUCAUCCAGGUUCCUCUGGAGAAGGGUAAGACAGCCAGGGAGACCCUGGAGGAGCUGGGUCUGUGGGAGGAGUACAGACUCAAGUACCCAUACAACCCCAUGGCCAAGUUUGACGAGAGCUUCGCCGUGGGCAACGAGCAGAUGACGAACGAUGCUGACCUGGCUUACUAUGGAAUCAUCUCCAUCGGAACUCCUCCUCAGUCCUUCAAGGUCAUCUUUGACACCGGCUCGUCUAACCUGUGGGUGCCCUCCGUCUACUGCAACAGUCCAGCCUGCAACAACCAUGACAAGUUUAACCCCAGCACCAGCAGCACCUACAGAAACCAGGGCGGCGCUCUCAGUAUCCACUACGGCACCGGCAGCAUGACUGGUUUCCUUGGAUACGACACUGUGACGGUGGGUGGGCUCGCUGUGAGGAACCAGGUCUUCGGUUUGAGCCAGUCCGAGGCUCCUUUCAUGCAGUACAUGCGCGCUGAUGGUAUCCUGGGCCUGGCAUACCCUCGCCUGUCUGCUUCCGGCGCUACGCCCGUCUUCGACAACAUGAUGACGGAGGGCCUGGUCAGCCAAGACCUCUUCUCUGUGUACCUGAGCCACAACUCUCAGCAAGGCAGUGUGGUGACCUUCGGCGGUGUUGACCCCAACCACUACUAUGGCUCCAUCUCCUGGAUUCCCCUCUCCAAUGAGCUGUACUGGCAGAUCACAGUGGACAGUGUUACUGUCAACGGUCAGGUUGUGGCUUGCAAUGGCGGUUGCCAGGCUAUCGUGGACACCGGCACUUCUCUGAUUGUCGGACCUCAGAGCAGCAUCAGCAACAUCAACCGUGUUGUUGGAGCUAGCAGCCAGAACGGAGACUAUAAGGUCAACUGUAACAACAUUGCCCAAAUGCCAGAUGUGACCUUCCACAUCCACGGAGAGGAAUUCACCAUCCCAGGCUCUGCCUACGUCCGUCAGUCUCAAUACUAUGGCUGCCGCACCGGCUUUGGCAACGGAGGAGACAGCCUGUGGAUCCUGGGUGAUGUCUUCAUCAGACAGUACUACGCCAUCUUCAGCAGAGCCCAGAAUAUGGUGGGCCUGGCCAGGGCUAGAUAGAUAAGCAGCCUGAAGUCACCUUGCCCAAGAGCCCUGAAACAAUCCUAUGUACAUCUUAGUGCUAUAGUGGGAUUUCCAACAUGCCUGAGAAUCAAAUCUUUUCCUUGUCCAAUAAUUGAUUACAUUUCCUCGAAUCCAAUAAAUACGAGUUAAAUCAAA